AUGCGGCUCGCGGCGGCGGCGGCGGGGGCUCUCCACCCCACGGCCGCCCUACUCUUCCACUCCCACCGGCGCCGCCUCCUCUCCUCCGUCCCCUUCGCCCGCCGGCGCCGCCACUCCUACUCCUCCACCGCCACGGCCCUCGACGACUCUCCUCCGACGGCGACCGGUCCGGCCUCCCCUGCUCCACCGAUGCCUCCGGGGCUGGGCGGUGAGACCAAGGCUUCCCGCCGCCGGCGCGCGGGGGACUCCCCCGAGGGCCUGCUCAAGCACCGGCUCGACAUGUGCUCCCGCGACGCCGACAUCGCCACGGCGCUCGAGCUCUACGAGGCGGCGCUCGACCCGGCCACCGCCGUACCGCUCUCCCUCCACCACUACAACUGCCUGCUCUACCUCUGCUCCAACGCGGCCGCCGAGUCCGGCGACGCCGACGCCGCCCGCCGCGUAUUCGAGAUCUUCGCCGCGAUGGAGGCGCAGGGCGUGGAGCCCAACGAGGCCACGCUCACCAGCCUCGCCCGCCUCGCCGCCGCGGGCCGGGACCCAGCCAUGGCCUUCUCCGUCGUCCGGCGCAUGGCCGCCGCCGGCAUCCCGCCGCGCCUCCGCUCAUACAGCCCCGCGCUCUUCGCCUACUGCUACGCGCGCGACGCCGACGGGGCCGCCGAGGUCGAGGCCGACAUGAACGCCAGAGCGGUCGUGCCGGAGGAGACCGAGCUGGCCGCGCUGCUCCGCGUCAAUGCCGACACAGGGAGGGCCGAUGAGGUGUACAGGGUGCUGCACCGGACGCGCACGCUCGUCAGGCAGGUGUGUGAGGCGACCGCCCAGGUGGUCGAGGCCUGGUUCCGGUCCGACGCGGCGGCGGAGGCCGGUGUGGAGAAGUGGGACGCCAGGAAGGUCAGGGAAGGGGUGGUGAAAGGCGGCGGCGACUGGCAUGGCCAGGGCUGGCUUGGCAAGGGGCAAUGGGACGUCGGCCGGAGCGAGAUGGACAAGAAUGGCACAUGCCAGCGUUGCGGCGAGAAGCUUGUGUGCAUAGACAUCGAUCCGUCCGAGGCGGAGAGCUUUUCCAAGUCGCUCACCGAGCUCGCGUGCAAGCGGGAGGUCAGGGACGAUUUCGUGCGGUUUCAGGUGUUGCCAUGA